AAAGAAAAUGAUUAAAAAAUCAGCCCAUUCCUUUACUUCGCCAAGAGCAUUUCCUUAAAGUUUCUAACAUUAAAAAAGCAAACAAAUAAAUUGUUAAAACUUUAAAGAAAAAGGUAAUUGUUAAAAUAAAAUACACUUAGGAGUAAUUAAAGAAAUUAAGUUAGGUCAGAACACAUAUAUUCUUGUUACAAUGGCUGAUGUAUGUUUCGAGAGAACAACCAUUUAUUUAAGGGAUUGGCUAACACUUCUGUUAUGGUCCACCCUUAUUAGAAAUUUGAUUAUUGUGAUUGAAGGGCCAUACUUUAACUAGCUUAAUUUUAUAGUGGAUUAACAUAAAAUUUGUGUAUAUUCAUAAAUAUACCGGUACGAUCUAUCAGUGACAUUUCACGUAACUUAGUGGCCUAAAAUAUAGAUAUGAUCAGAUUGGAGAAUACAUAUAAAUUUGUUGAUAUGUUUUACAUCUCCAUUCAUUUACUUGUUUAAAUGACAUAUUGUGUAUCACUGAUAUUUUUCCCCCUUUUUUUUUGAAAUAUUGCUGAUGUAAGCGCUUCACUUAUUCUCUCUUGAGAUGCAAUUUCAAUUUCAUGAAAAAAGAAAAAAUAUGUCACGUAGAGGAAAUAUGUAAUUAAAUAAGUAGAAGACCACUCUAAUGCCUAAAUUAGAAAUGUACUCAGUGUGACAAUGUUUGUUUUUAUGAUGAAUUCAAAUUCCUUUUAUCCAAAAGCUGCAUUAGCAAACAAUUAAAUGUAAAAUAUAAAGAGUAAUUCAAAAUAUAUAUGUAUACACAAAAGUAAUUGUAGAUUAGAUUCGGUUUCUUUAACUAAGAAUCGACGUUAGCUUAAAAAGGUGGCCCUUAGGAGGCUGUUGCAUGACCAAAUAAACAUUGACAGCUGAUACUACAAUGGAAUAAUCUUAGUGACUUUGAAGGUCAAGAAGUUUUGCUUUCCCCUAAACAAAAAUGAAUUUUCGUCUCAAAACGUUUUCAAAAUUCGUGUGUAAAUUGUUUAACAAUGCAUAAAUCAUUCUGUCUCAAUCGUUUACAUGAGGAGGAUUCUUAAAAACAUUAUGAGAAAGCAAUUCCUAAAAAGAAUUUAACAUCUUUCUAGAUUUAAUAAGCAAAAAUGAUUAAUGGUUUUAAGUUCUCCUUUCUUCUAAAUUAAAUUGAACAGGAUUAUUGGGGGGGGGGGGGGGGAGGUAUGAUCUUGAAGAAAAUUAAUCUUUAAAUAGUGUAAGUAAAUCAAUAGUAACUGCAGUGGGGAAACAUCUAUUUUACAAACAAUAUAAUCAUUCUCAUUGUCUAGGAGAAAUUGGCAUAUUUAAAGCUAUACAUUUUUAAAAAAAUUGAAAAGUCCGUAAUUUUCAGUUAAUUCUUGUCUAUAUAAUCGACCGAAAUUGAAAUACAGCUCUAAGAGUAUAGUUUUUAAUAAUUCCGGAGUAUGAUUUCAUCUAUUGCAAAUUAUCACUCAUCUCUGGCUUUUAAAACUAAGUUAUUUAUGGACUUGCUAACAAUAUAUAUAUAUAUAUAUAUAUAUAUAUAUAUAUAUAUAUAUAUAUAUAUAUAUAUAUAUAUAUAUAUAUAUAACAACAAUUUUUAACAGCGAUCUUAAUUAAAACUACUUUUAGUUUACGCAGUCAUUAAGUCAACAUAGCUGCUUAAGAUCCUGCAUAUAACGGAGAGCGGUAUAUUGGAGCAAGAGAUGUCAUGCGAUAGUGGAGGCAGACGUUGUUUAAACACAGUUAUAAAUGUUGGUAACAAAAACACCUGUACACAUAUUUCUCGUCAUUUUAUUUCUUAAAUAUGGAGUGUGCGGUAAGUAGAGCUAUUUAGCUUUGAUUUGAUUUGUUAAGUAACACUCGAAAGUGUUCAGUCAAAAUAUUACCAAUUUAUUAUUAGAUAAAUCAACUUUUCUCAUACACAAAAUACGCAAUCAAUCUAAAACGAUAUUUGGACAUUUUAAUAUUUAGUAAAUGAUGCAGAUUGAAAAUAAAUUCGUCAUAUUUAAAAUUAAAACGUAUAGUCCCAAAACUAUUAUAUAUAUAUUAUAUAUAUAUUAUAUUAUAUAUAUAUAUAUAUAUUAGAUUACACUUAACAUAUGGCUUAUAUGUGAUUAAUCUAAUUUAACUAUUUCUUGAUGACUUUAUUUUUCAGUUAAUUUAACCCUGUGUUAUCCUGCCGAAGAGGGAAGACAACAUACACUAAUUUUUUCUUUGGAUAUAAAUAACCUUAGAUUAAAAUUUACUAUUGACAAUGAAAAAUCAUUUGUAACAGAAUGUUUGCUGGAAACAUUAUAUUGCAGCAAUGAACAAAGCAAAAAAGCUUUCAGUGUUUUGGAAAAAAAAGAUUUGAAUGAUUACACACUUAACAUAACUAUUUGGAAUGCUACUAGAGAGUCUGACUUUGGUUUUGAAGGGCUGUGGACCUUAACAAAUGAUGAAGACAGUAAUGUGUUCAUGUCAUGUUCCUUGAAAAUAUUUGGUAAGUAA